GGUGCCGCACUGGGGAGUCUUGUAAACGAAAGCACAUACGAGGGUGUAGUGGUUUGCGCUACUUUUAUUACAGUGUUUGAAACCGCGUUGUAAAGCAAACCAUUUUUGGUGCAGUCAAAGUUUCUGUUCGACAGUAAAAAGUUGAAGACUCUUUUUGUUAUUGCGCAGAAGCACAACUUACUACGUCACUCAUUUGGCAUGAAAAGGAAACUCGGGCGCCGUGGUGGAAGAAGGAGGAACUGAGACGCGGAUAACCUGCGAACAAUUAGAAUGCGAUCGACUUCCUAACGUGUGUACUUAUGGGCGCUUGUUAAAAAUAAUACAGCUAAAACGACCAGGUGAGCCUUUAUUCAGACCGGGAUGGUAAAGAGGCCGAAAUGGUUUGAACUUCGAAUACGAAGGCUCAAGCGGAAAAGAAAUCUGAAAAGUGACCGGAGACGCCCGUAUUUGAAAACGAACUGACGGGAAAUAAUUCGGGGGGCGUACUAAAAAGUGAAUUUCGAACUUUUAUCAUUCCACGUCCUCCAAAGGUCACCUUCGACAGACCCGUCUGCUGUAAAAACCCGGUCUAUUUGCUUUCAGAGGGCCCAGAGUUCACAAUGUAUCGGGUAAACAAAUGUGAUAGAGUUUUUGGCUGGCUCAAGACUGGAGGGCGCGUUGAUUAAAUGAGGCUUUGAAGGAACAAAGUGCCGUGUGUUUAAGUCAUGGAUCUGAAGACGGCGGUAUUCAACGCCGCCCGGGACGGCAAGCUGCGGCUGCUGCAGAAGCUGCUCGAGAACAAGCCACGCGAGGAUUUGUGCAAGUUAAUGACCGAAAAGACCAACGGCGCUACCCCGCUACUCAUGGCCGCCCGUUACGGUCACUUAGAUCUGGUAGAGUAUCUGUUGGAGUACUGCCAGGCUCCUGUGGAAUCGGGAGGCUCGGUGAAUUUCGACGGGGAGACUAUUGAAGGGGCCCCACCGCUGUGGGCGGCAUCGGCGGCUGGGCACCUUAAGGUGGUGCAGUCACUGCUUGACCACGGAGCAUCGGUCAACAACACCACACUGACCAACUCUACGCCUCUACGGGCCGCCUGCUUUGACGGUCACCUGGAUAUCGUUCGCUACCUGGUGGAGCACCAUGCCGACCUGGAGGUAGCUAAUCGGCAUGGCCACACCUGCCUCAUGAUCUCUUGUUACAAAGGCCACCGGGAAAUCGCCCAGUACCUAUUGGAGAAAGGAGCCGAUGUGAACAGAAAGAGCGUUAAAGGUAACACAGCUUUGCAUGAUUGUGCAGAGUCCGGGAGCCUGGAAAUCAUGAAAAUGCUUUUGAAGUACUCUGCUAAAAUGGAAAAAGAUGGCUAUGGUAUGACACCUCUGCUUUCUGCCAGUGUGACUGGUCACACAAACAUUGUGGACUUCCUUACACAACAUCCACAGACAAGUAAAAUGGAAAGAAUCAAUGCUCUGGAGCUGCUGGGGGCUACAUUUGUGGACAAAAAGAGGGAUCUUCUUGGUGCCUUAAAAUAUUGGAAAAGGGCCAUGGAAAUGAGGUACAGUGACAGCAGUAAUGUCCUUCUUAAACCUGAGCCAAAACAAUUGAUUAUGGCAUAUGAUUAUGCCAAAGAAGUAAACAGUAUUGAUGAGCUAGAUAAUCUGAUUGCUGAUCCAGAUGAGAUGAGGAUGCAAGCUUUGCUUAUUCGAGAGAGAAUCCUUGGUCCAUCCCACCCAGACACAUCCUACUAUAUCCGCUACAGAGGAGCGGUGUAUGCAGAUUCUGGCAAUUUUGAGAGAUGCAUCAACCUUUGGAAGUAUGCUUUGGACAUGCAACAAUGCAACCUUGACCCCUUGAGCCCAAUGACAGCUAGCAGUUUGCUUUCCUUUGCAGAGCUUUUCUCCUUCAUGUUACAAGAUCGAGCCAAGGGACUCCUUGGAACAUCUGUUUCCUUUGAUGACCUCAUGGGCAUCUUGUGCAAGAGUGUACUGGAAAUCGAACGUGCUGUGAAACACACCCUGACUGUCUUGGAUCCAGCCCAGCUCAGCAAAGCUUUAUCGAUCAUCUUGCACUUAAUCUGUUUGCUGGAAAAGGUGGCAUGCACCAAUGAACAGGAUCAUUUUAAGAAAGAGACCAUUUAUAGGUUUCUCAAACUACGGCCAAGUGGGAAGAAUGGCUAUAGCCCUUUACACCUUGCAGUGGAUAGGAACACCACCUGUGUGGGACGAUACCCAGUCUGCAAAUUUCCUUCUUUUCAGGUCACUUCUAUCCUGCUAGAGUGUGGAGCUGAUGUUAAUUGCAGAGAUGAUGACAACAAUAGUCCCUUGCAUGUUGCUGCAUUUAACAACCAACCUGACAUUAUGAAUUUGUUGAUAGCAUCUGGUGCACAUUUUGACAGCACUAAUUCCUUUAAGCAGACUGCUUGUGAUCUUUUGGAUGAGAAGGAAGUGGCCAAGAACCUGAUCCAGCCCAUCAACCACACCACUUUGCAGUGUCUGGCUGCAAGGGUCAUAGUUAAGCACAACCUUUUUUACAGAGGGCAAAUCCCUCAGAAAUUGGAGGCCUUUGUAAUACUGCACAGAUGACAGUGUUUUGAGCCAAGUGUUUGGAAAAGGAGACUGGACAAUGUGAGCUUUUGCUAAAAUAGCUCUAGUUUUGAGCAGAAUGUCUUUAGUAUGUUUUAAGUUGUUUCUCCCACUCGUUUCUGAACAUAGAUGAGAAUGCACGAAUAUCAAAGACAUGGCAAAUGUAAAUGUGCUUUUUAUUCUC